UAUCGAAAUAGAUUAGAGAAUAUGACGUGUCAUAUAAAAGGGGCGAAUCAAAGAAAAAUAACUAUACCUUGUCGAGAGCACCCGGAUAUUGAUUUUCCUUUUGUGAAAUCCAAGGAAUGGUUUUCUCCCCUUUUUAAAAGAGAAGAGAGGGAUGUUGCAUAUUCAUAGUAGUGGCCAGCACAGAGAGUAUUAGUAGUCGCCAUCUUGAAAUUCUUGUAUCCCAUCAACCCUUGCGGUUGUUCACCAGGAGGCGCCACUAAUUAAAGUGGAUUGACAUCCCUGUUGUAGGAGAGUAUCCACUGAGCUGUCAAAAUUGCGUAAACUUGUUUGUAUACUUAGAUUGUUAUCGGAAUCGUUUUUUCUUUGCGAAUCAUUUGUGUGAAUGUACAUUUUUUUAAAAACAACAACAACAAAAGAAUAAGAGGAAUCAUGAACGAGAAGGAGGAACUUGUUAAGAAAUCAUUAUUUAGCUUUGUUAGGAAACAAGUACCAACUGCACAAUUGAGCUUCAUUGAUGAUAUUGUUCUGAGUUAUGUUGUGAGUAUGGUGGAGGAGAAUGCCCUCGAGGAGGAUUUAGAUGUCGAUGGAUUAUGCGAAAUGGUUUCCGCUUGUUUGCCGGAAUUUUCAACAAUUGAGAAGGAUGCUGUGUCAAAAUGGCUAAUUGACGUUGAAAGUACAUUGCGCCAGGGUAAUAAAAAUAAUGAAAAUGGUCAACCACAUGAUCCAUUAAGUCACAUUAGCCUCGCAGCACUCUUACCUCCGAAUGACACUCAACGAAUGAGGGUUCAUCAUCUUUCAGAAACAAGUGACGCUGGCAGUGAUUCCAGUGGCGAAUAUUUUGCCGAGGAAUCAUCGUGGAAUCAAGUGGCCCUAUUGCAGGAAAUGUUUCCAGGAGCAAGUCCAGCUGAAGCUCGACAUUGUUUGGCAGUUGCCGGGGGCGAUAUUGCAAAAGCUGCUCAACUCGCGCUUCAUAGACAAGAAGCUGGACAAAGUAUUGCCAGUAAUCUUACGUUCCUGACACCGAAUGGUCGUAACAAGGCUCGUGUCAAUGACGAGGAAUUAAAAUCGCGUAUAAUUGCACGCUACAGUUAUGUGGAUCGUGAUGAUGAUUCACGUGAGCAUAGACCAGUGGCACCGAAAAUGGAGCCAAAGAAACUCGUUAGAUAUUUGGACAACAAAAUAGUGAGUAUUAAAGGUGAACGAUUUACCGAAAUAAAACGAGGCGAAGAGGAAGAUGGCAACGAGGGUGGACGAAAGAGAGGUCACUGCCGUCCGUAACCAGUCCCCCUGCCUCCACCCCCCGAUCCACCCCCUUGGAGGCAUAUGAUUGCAGUUUAAGUAUAUAUUUUAUUAUAGAAAUUUAGUCCUUCGCAUUCAGGUAUAGGAAUAUAUCUUCAAAAGUAUUGGAUAUCAAACCAGUCUAGUCUAUUUUUACAUUCUCAUUUUAUUUAGUUUAAUUGUUUCGAAAUAACAAUUUCAAAAAGAAAAAUUAUUUAUUUUAAAUAGACGUUAUUUCUAUUUUUUCGUCAUUUUAAUUUCUUUUUCUUCCUUUACGAAAGAAGGCAUUCAAAUUAUAUUUUUUUAUUAUUUUAUACUAAAAAUCAUAGAAGAAAAAUUAAAUUCUUCCUUUAAGUAUUAUUAAACAAUUGUGAUCAUUUUCGAUUGAUAUUGAAGUAUUUUUUCGACUUUUGAUAUCCAACGCUUGAUAUGUAAAUAAUUCUUUCCAUCGAGCGUUACAAUGGCCACGCGUGAUUUAUCCCGAUUCCUUUUAAUUAUCCCAAUAAAAUAUUUCGAUACGAUACGCUUGUACAAAGAAGAGAUAAGAGAAUAUAGAGAAUUGAGUGACGCUUUGUCGAAAUAAAGGAGAGGAUCGAGAGGAUUGCAAUUUUCGAGAAAUGCUUUUUGAAAAUACGACUUUUUGUCUCAUAGAGUUUCUAUUUGUGGAUAAUUGGGAAAGAAAAGAAAAUGUAAAUAUUGGAUAUCAUGGGAUAAAGGGAUUAAAAAAUUCAUCACAGUAUUCAGAUACAAAAGGUCAUCAAUUUUCUAUGUAACUAUUUCAUAUGCGAAUGAUAACAAAGUCGGUUGGCUAUUGUAGUCUUGGAUUAUUAAAAAAAAUAUCGUUUCUUUUAAUCCUCCAAGAAUUUUUUUUAUUCCAAUUUUGAAAUGGUGAAAAUAAAUCCCAUUUUUUAUUGCUUUUUUAUAUAUUUUUUUAGUCUGACACGCUUUGAUUGAUCUUAAUUUGUUCUACUUAAUUUUUACGCGCUUUUCACAAUUAUACAAUUUAGCUAUUUUUCGUAGUUUCACGUUUUGAAAAAAAAGAACAAAGAAGUAAACAAGAAACAAAAAAAUGUGCGCUGAAAUACGCCGAAUUUUCAUAGAAAUCUUUUAUACUAAGAAAAAGUCUUCUGCAGGAUGCAAAUUUAUAAAAAAAAAAUAUGUAUUCGAUUGUGUUUUUUCUAGCAUUUUUGUAAACAAAACGCUUUUUAGAAGGAACGGAAAAUCGAGAGGAAAAAAUGGGAAUUUUCAAGUGUAACGUGGAAAUUGUUUUAUUAUAUUCUCAAAUUUACGGAUAUGGAUUGCACUUGCUUGGAUUUUGAAUUUAAAAAAAUGAAAUUAGAGGAGAGUGAUAAAUUAAGAAAAUUAUUUUCUUCGCAUUUUUCUUUGUAGACUCUCCUCUGAGAAAAAAAACGAAAAAAAAUUAAGGCAAGCACAUUUAAAUAAUAAUUAUAAGAUUCGUUUACUACGCCAUAUAAUUUACCAGUAUUACUAUUGAUAUAUCUUAACUACGACUAAUUACGAGCAUUAAUAGAAUAUGCAUGUGUUUAAUCAUCACAUUAAGUGGUAGAGGCUCAUUUUAGACUGCAUAAAAAAACGAUUCUCAAAAAUAAAAAAAUCGAACGAAAGAAAGCUCGAAUAAAAUCUUAUUCUGCCACUAUAAAAAAAAUAUAUUGUCACAAUAUUAUAAAAAAGCAUUAUAUUAGCGAUAUUAUAUUAUCGCAUUCUUAUUUGUGAUGGACUGAGAUGUAAGAUAUAUUUGUAUUUUUCACAAUCUUAAUGUUACUUUUAUUAGGUUUUUUAAAUAAGCUAUUGCGAUAAAAAGAAAUUUUAACUUGUCAAUCAAUUAAUAUUUGCACCGCUGCUUCUCAUGUUUCCUUCAAAUUAAAAUCGUGUCAAAUAAUAAUUUUUUUUUUUUAUUUUUCAAAAUCAUUUUUAUCGUUUUGACAAUUUUAAUUUGAAAGAAACACUGUGAGAAAUCAAUUUUUCAAAAUAGAUUUGCACCUAUUGAUCGAUUGCAAUUUCAUACUGCGAGAAGUCAAGAAAAAGAUAAAUGUUCUUAGAUAGGGAGUUUUUUCACUACUAGAAGAAUAUUAUCAAUUCAAUAAAAUUCGUUUUCGAAUUGCAUUGUUUAAUCGUCUUCUAGUCCAAUUCUUAUAAUAUACGCUCACCUCAAGUAGUGAUUGAAAAAAUAAAAAAAUCCCACUAUUGUUUAGAUAAUAAAAUACAUGAAUAUAUUAAAAAUCAUUAACUUUUAGAGAAAUAGUUGGAAUGGACAAUUUUCAACUCGAAUUAUAAAAAUUUAGACAAAAAAAAGAUUAAAAAAAUACAAAAAACCUACUAGAGGAAUUUAAAGCUCUCGAUGAGCCGAUCCUUGCCAUAGUUUUCUUAGGUUUACAUUACAAGUGAAAUGUGCAUUUAAUUACCAUAAUAAUAAUAAUAAUAAAAAUAAUUAUAAUUAAAAAUAAUAAUAAUAUUAUCGUAUAAAGAAACUAUUUGUUCAAAACUUUUAACGCGAGUUUUACAGCAAAAAGUGUUCGCAAUAAUUUAAAUUUCAUUCAAAUGAAUCGAGUGAGUUGCUUAAUUUACGAAUUUAAUAUAAAUUAAGUCAAAAAAACUAGCGUAAUAUUAAAAAAUAUAUUUGCUCAUUUAUAGAAAACAAAAAAAUUUCGCUUGAAAAAAAAAUGAAAUUUCGAAACAUACUCGAUUCAUUGGAAUUGAUUUUUUUUCCACGCUUCGUAUCGCGUGCAUUCGUACUCUGUUCUAAUAUAAUUAUUAUUAUUAAUUCUAUAAGAAAUAGGUAGACAGCUAUCAAUACUAGAACAUGUAGAAAUUAGAUAUGAAAACAAAAAAAAAACAUUGUAUAUCUAUCAUAUAA